UGAAUUUUUUGAGUCACUAGAGUACAGAAUGAGGCCUAAAGGCCAUCAACCCCACAACAGGAAGCUCCUGAUCAUAGCAGUGAUGGUUGCCUUUUUCCUCCUCUUUGUGGUAAGAUCAAACUUGUCGACCUUGAAAAUGAAGCAAGAAGAAUCAGGUGAUGGCGAGAAGGAGACAACAGAGUGUUCCCUAAGUUGCAGCAAGAUCCCAUCUUCUGUUUCCCAAGCUCUGAUCCACUACUCAACCUCAAGCAUAACCCCACAGCAAACACAGAAAGAGAUAUCAGUGACAGCAAGAGUGUUAGAGAAGAAAUCACCAUGCAACAUGCUGGUGUUCGGGUUGGGACACGACAGCCUGAUGUGGAGCGCACUGAACCACGGUGGAAGGACAAUAUUCGUGGAAGAAGACGAGGCGUGGAUCGAGCAAAUGAGGCGGCGGUUUCCGAUGCUGGAGGCGUACCACGUGACAUACGAGAGCAAGGUGAAGGAGGCGGAGAGUCUGAUGGAGGUUGGGAGAGGAGAGGAGUGCAGGGCAGUGGGAGACCCCAGAUACUCUAUUUGCCAACUCGCUUUGAAAGGGUUGCCCAGUGUGGUGUAUGAGACCAAAUGGGACUUGAUAAUGGUGGAUGCGCCCACUGGCUACUAUGAUGAGGCGCCUGGCAGGAUGAGUGCUAUCUAUACUGCUGGUAUGAUGGCCAGGAACAGAGACACCGGAGAGACCCAUGUGUUUGUGCAUGAUGUCAACAGAGACGUUGAACAUAAAUUCUCACUGGCUUUUCUCUGUCAAACCUACAUCACCAAACAGGAAGGCAGGCUCAGACACUUCACUAUUCCUAGCUACAGGGACAAUCACCAACAAAACCCAUUUUGCCCUCCCUAUCCCUAGUCCACAAUUUCUCAUUUCUCAUUUCUAACUUCUAAUUCAUCGUCUAAUUCAUUUUCUAUACUACCAUAUCUAUAUUAAGCUCACAUACACAUACACUCAUAAUGGUACAAGGUGAGACUCAAAUUAAUCGGCACUGUGUCACCAUCAGGCAUGGCUUCGAUAAUCAAUGCUAUGUGUCAUUGCGGACACCACCUUUUUAUGCUUUC